AUGUUCUCAAGCGUUGUUGGAAAAGCCUAUCCCGAGUGCAAAUCCUGUCUCUCCGCCAAUAUCAUUCCUGGGGUAUUUGGUAAUGUCUGUACAAAGCUGCAGCGCUUCGUCAUUGAUAAUGAUGCCCGGGGAUCACAUACUCUGAAGCCUACCCCCACUCGUGUCAUCUACAGCUUUGGAGUCGCGUGUACGAUGUUCUCGCGCCCGAAGAAGCGCCCGAAAACUGGGUGGGGUGGUCAAAACGUACCCUACUUUGCAAAUACCUUGAUGGAUGUCCUCCACCAGUCCGCCGCUCCCGCCAGCCGUUUUAGAUGCACAAGUCUGCUACUCCAUGGGUCCGUGGUGGUACCGUUCGUGUGUUUCUUUUGUCUAGAUUCCGUAGCUGUUUCGGAGAUCCGUAUCAUCUCUUUCGACAGCCAUAGUCUCAUUUCUAGCAAUGUUGCAAGUGCGGUGUUGGAACGGGCACGGACUGCAAGGGAAAUCCAGGCCCAACCUCUGUGGCGGGAGGCUGCGGCUCAAUCUAUCGAGGACCGACUACGAGCCAGGACUCCUGCUCCUGCGCCAGGACCCCUUGCACUCCCGGCCUGUACUACUAGAGCGCCCCGCUACAAUAUUAGUGCAGAUGUUCAUGUUUAUGACGAGUACCUUUAUCUUCUGGUUAGCACGGACUUCAAGCUUCGCUUUCCAAGCCAUCACUGA